AGCUCAACUCCCCACUCCAUUCUGGCUCACGCUGUGGCACGCGCUCUCUGCAACCCGGACCUGCCCUCAGACACGCUGCAGCGCUCGCCUCCACGCCCGCUCAUCCCCUCAGAGCUCUGCACCUCCACGACAGCAGGACCCCUCAUCAUGUCCAAGUAGGCUCCUCUUGGGGGAAUUUGCUGAAAGUCUGACUGCAGAGUGAAAAAGGAGCGCUCCAGUUCUAAACCAGACUCUCCUCAAAGAGCGGCAGAUGUGACAGAAGAGGGAAGGCGGAGAGAGAAACCCAAUACCCCUUCCACCGCCGCCACCACUUCUCAUCCUCAAGAACAAUACAAGCCUCCAGCUGGAGAGGGUCAGCUUUUGUCCUUUCCCCCCCCGCGCCUCCCACUCAAGCGAAGAGCAGACGGUGGCGCUGACACACUGACCCUCUGCGGGGAAACAGCUGCUGCUCCCUGCACGCUUUCAUUCAGUACUUGGACAGUUCCCGAGCAACAACACAGCUGCCUUCAUGAGAGCGUAGAGCAUCCGUGCAGCCAAGCUGGACAGAUGCAGCCGCCGGGCACCCUCCAGCUCCACCCGAGCGGCCCCUCUCCGGCCCCGGGUUUGCAGAGCAUCGCCGGCGGCUUUCAGAAGCUGGGAGAGAAGCAGCUCUUUGAGAAGUUUUGGAAGGGGACCUUCAAAGCCGUUGCCACCCCAAGACCUGGGAGCGUGAUAGUUGCGAGCAUCACUGCCCGAAGAAGAACCGCUGAAUCAGAAACAACUGCCUGUCACCCGCUGAAGACCAACGAUGGGGACUCAGCCAAUGCGUGGGCGGCCAGCAGGGACCGCAGAGGCUGCAUGAAGAAGAGUCGCCGAAAACACCGCAGCCACCGCAGAACCAGGAACCGCUCCUUCGAUGAGCUGCUGUCUCCCCGGAAAGGGAAGAAGAAAAAACGAAAGUCUGUACGGAGGAGGAAAAGAAGCAGGUCUCCUUCACACAGCCUGCCCCCUCUAAGGAAGAAGAAAAAGAAGAAGAAGAAGAAGAGUUCCAAGAAAAGCAAAGGACACAGGUGUACCUCAAAGAAAUCAAAACACAGCUCUUCAAGUUUAAAGCAUAAGCAUAGGAGCGAUGAACGGAAGCACAAGAAAAGUUCUCGGAUUCGCAGACAUCGGAGACGACGCGAUCGGAGGUUGCGGUCGGAUACUUCCUGCUGCCAUUCCAAAACAGAGGACAGAUAUCCUCUGCAUAAGUCUGUGGUUCAUCAGGCUUUUAGAGACCUAGCAGCUGUUGAAGAGGAAACCAGAGCAGCCCUCAGCCACACGGACACCAGACCACCAACCAAAUCUGUUUGUACCGCGGCUCCAAAAUAUCGCUCCGUCCUCUCGGCCAGCGCCAUUUUGCCCUCAAAUCCUGGAAAAGUGCUUUUCAACGGAAGCGGAGCUCAAAAUUUGCCAAACCGCAGAGAAGGUCCGCAUGAUUAUGAUUCUGGUAAUGACACAUCUUCGCCUCCGUCAAGCAAAACCGGUGUUUCCCAAGCGAGCGCCGCUGAGUAUGCCAGGACCGGACGUGUGGCCUCGGCGUUCAGAGACAGCGCCUCGGAUUCAGGGAACUCUGUGACCAGCUUUGCAUCUUCCUGCAAACCUUUCGGGGAAACCAGCCUGUCUGCAACCCUCUGCAAUCAAAUCAGCAACAGGGAGCAGAUAACCUUGGGGUGUCACGUAGAGGUUGUCGGAUCAUCUGAGUCAACCAGCUGUGAAUCGAGGAGGAGGAGGAGGGGUUCGUCUCGGACAAAAGGUCGCUCUUCCAGCAGCAGGAGCAGAUCCUCAGGGAGUUCCAAAUACUUGGGACGCUAUUCCAGAAGCUCCUCGUUGUCUUCUCGCAGCUCGUACUCACGAUCCCCCAGUCACUCAGAUGUCAGGCGAAGAGGCAGCAUGAGCAGCCUGAGCUCCAGAGGAAGCUACUCCAGACACAGUGAUGACAGACUUUCAGACAGAAAGAGACGAGCGGACUCCAGAGAGACAGACGCAAAGCACGGACGGAAAGUCAGGAAGCGAGGAAGGCGCAAAUCCUACACUCCCAUGAGGAAGAGGAGGAGGGACUCGCCGAGUCAUCUAGAAGCUCGGCGCAUCACAAGUGCGAGGAAGAGGCCCAUUCCUUAUUUCCGGCCAAGCCCCCCCUCCAGCAUUCGUUCCACCAGCGUGUCGUCCUGGAGCAGCAUCUUCACUCGCAGUCGAAGCCCCAUCCACAGCAUCAGCCGCAGCCGCAGUCGCAGCCGCAGCCACAGCUUCUCCUCCUACAGGAGCUACAGUCGCAGCUCAUCCUGGAACUCCUCCUGCGGGAGCCGCAGUCGCAGCCGCAGCCGCAGUUUGCUGAUCAAACGCAGGAAAACGAGGCAUUAGUGUCUGAAGCUGGGGAAAACAGUCCUUUUCUUUCUGCGUUUUGUUCUUGUUCUGCAUCCUCCUGCAUGAACGCUCAGCCUGAGACUGCAGAUCCAAACGGACUCUUCCUGUAUUUAUUCAGUGCAAAUCCAUGUGCCAAACUGUUCAUGUGUCUGCACUCUGACCAUUAAAUGAUCCCGCAAAACCUUC